AUGAGCCAAACCGGGAGAAUAGAGAAAUUCCGAUCUAUUGUCAGCUUCGGCUAUGAUGCUAAAGACACCCUUCUACGCAAUAUCUCAAUUGAUUCGUCUGCAGAGGACUACCUGGCGAGGAGAUAUUACGCCAGAGCGCUUCUUACUAGCCUUCAUCGAACCAUUGCUAUCCCAGCAUGGGCCAGUUUGAGAGAUGGAAAUGAGAUAUCGCUUGCUAAUGCACUCGGAGCUUUUGAUUUGUUCAUACCAGAAAGUGGAUUCGGGAACUUCGACGAGAUUAGUGCUAGGCUAAACCAAAUAUUGUCCGGCUGUCUUCUGGAGUUUCCGGAUAUACAAAAUUUGAGCCCUCGCCGAAAAGCGAGCGCUAUCGCGGCGUACUUAAGGUCUCAUAACAUGACUGGCAUUGGACCGGGCCGGGAGUAUCACUGCCUGGAACAUAACUUUCUUGGAAUCGCACUUAAUGACCCAGCGCACAACUCAUUGCCUCUGAUAUCGGCAGCGAUAUAUUGCCAUGUUGCGCAGAUGCUCGGACUAGACGCCCGCCCAUGUGGGUUUCCUUUUCACGUCCACGUUAUCGUUAUACCUCCGUCGGGGUUUGACAUUGACGGAAACCCAAUAACCACCCAAGGUGAACCCAUUUACAUGGACCCUUUUCGCUCCGAUCAGGAGACUCCUGCAUCAGAUUUAAGAACUCAACUGAACUUUCUGGGAGCCUCGCCAAUAGAACAGGUUGCUUUCAUGGGUGAAUCUGAGACUUCCGAGAUUGUCCUACGCUGCAGCAAGAAUAUCUUGAACUCAAUCCAGCGUAGGAAUCAGUCCUCUAGCAUUGACGCGGUAUGCGCGCGGUAUGCCGCACUUUGGUCCUCUCUGCUACUCUCGAACCACCUUCGACCAGCCGAGCUGCAACAUCACCUCCUUUGGUUGAUGGAACUAGUAGCCACUGACUUCCCUUGUGAUAUUCAUCUUGUCGAGAGGUAUAUUGCCUCUUUAUUCCGCGGUACACCAGAGGUUGAACAUAUCCUGGAGAGCCUCCAUGUCAUACGUGCUGUCGAUAUGAUACCGAAACAGGUGAAGCGGCGGUCUUUUGAACACAAGAGUGUGAAGUAUCACAUUGGUCAAGUAUUUAGACAUCGCCGUUACAACUAUACGGCUAUAAUUACAGGUUGGGAUGCAGAGUGCGGCGCUGGCGAGCAAUGGAUGAGGAGAAUGGGUAUUGAUCAUCUCCAGAGCGGAAGACAUCAAAGCUUCUACCACGUAAUUGUAGAAGACAAGAGUGUCCGAUACGUCGCAGAGGAAAACAUUCAACUCAUAUCACCGACAGUCUCAGAACUGUCGCCGACGCUUGUUGCCGUGGCAGGGAAAUAUUUUAAGCGGUGGGAUAGUUCAUCGCGAGAGUUCGUGAGUAAUAUCAAAGACGAGUAUCCUGAUGAUUAG